ACAUUUAUUGUUGACAACACACAGGUUUUAAGAAUUCGGCAAAAAAUAUUUAUAAGAGAUUUUUCUCAUUAAUAACAGUCAUAGAAACUUUGACUAUGGCAAACAUUAAUACUGGAGAGUUGUUAAAUUUUCAAGAUUAUUCUCCAGAACACAACGAAAGGAGUGCACGAAUCGACGUGGAGGCUGUCCAUACGAAUCAAUACAACAAUUCCAUGUCCAAUUCAAGUUAUUCCUAUGAAGAGCCUAAAAUAGUUGAGGAGCCACAAGCGCCUCCACCAGUUAAUCAUAACUUCUGGACAAUUGAGUAUUAUCAGAAGUAUUUUGAUGUGCACACAAGUGAAGUGAUAGAGAGGAUCAUAUCGUCAGUGCUGCCUCAGAAGGUGUCAAGGAAUUAUUUUGAUGAACGGAUUAAAGGGAAACCUGAUUUAUAUGGACCUAUUUGGAUUUCUGUUACAUUGAUUUUUACAAUAGCUGUCAGCGGAAACAUAGCUAAUUAUUUGCAGAGUAUUAACAAGGCUGUUAUCUGGAGAUAUAACUAUCACUUAGUAUCCUAUGCUGCAACUGCUAUUAUUUGUUAUGUCUGGCUAGUACCUUUAGCACUUUGGGCCGCCCUUAAGUGGACGACGGUCCCUGAUGGUCAAGAUGAGAUUGAGACACAGACAUCAAGUUCACCGACAAUGAUAUCCCUGUUUUGUCUCUAUGGGUACUCUCUGUCCAUAUACAUCCCCGUGGCUAUCCUGUGGACGAUUCCCAUAUCAUGGCUUCAAUGGCUCUUAGUUCUCAUGGCUGCCUUAGUCUCUGGAGCUGUACUUAUAUUCUGGUUACUUCCAGCAUUGAAGAAAUCUAAAUAUUUUUUAAUUUUAACCGGAUCAAUACUUGCCUUUCACUUUUUGUUAGCAACAGGUUUUAUGUUGUAUUUCUUCCAUGUUCCUGAUUCUCCAAGUAAAGUGAUUGCAGUUACAACUGUUACGCCUUAAUAUGAUAUUUAGUUUGUUUAAAGUAUGUAUAUAAUUUUAAAGGUAAAUAUUAUCGCA